CCCACACCCUAUCAACACAAACAGGACGCGCAAGCAUUUCGUUAUUUCUGAACAGAGCGAAGGUUGUUUGUUUCCCGCCCCCCUCUAUAUAAUACUCAUCCCGUAGCUUUUCUCCUUUGUUCUUUUCUUGCCUGACUAACCCCCCACCUUUCCGUGUGCCCCAGCUACCCCGCCUUCCAUCCCAUCGGCCGCAUUUGCGUCCCAACUCAACAAUCGCAAAAGAAACGAAAAAGUCAUGAACGUGUUCAAGCUCGCUAGGAAGUACCCCGAGCUUGGCCAGGAGGGCGUCAUGGCCCUGCAGGAUACGUUCCUGCGCUCGGACCAGGACGAGAAGGGGUACCUGGACGAAGCUACCGCCAUCAAGACGGCUCAAGAACUUGAGAGGAAGCCGUACGAUGAGGUCCGCGCAACCUUGAAGCAAGUUGAGCUGGAUAGUUCGAGGAGGGUGGAGCUGGAUGAUUUCGUUGAUGUUUGUUACCAUCUACAGUCAGGGUUCCCGGUUGCGAUGAUGCUGACGGAUGGUUUGCUUGGCAGCUCAUCUCGAAAUUAAGAAUGACGGACGGAGCGAAGCCGGGCCGUGCUCCGGUCGUCUCGCAUGCUAGGGCAGGGUCCACGGGACGCGGGGGCGGAAGUGGUGGUGGGCAGAUUAAGAUGGGGGGUGCGACUGGCGCCACCACGCACACUAUCAACGAAGAUGAGAGGACCGAAUUCACGAGACAUAUAAACGCCGUGUUACUUGGGGAUGCGGAUAUUGGAGAUCGUUUGCCAUUUCCUACCGACACCUUUCAGGUUUGUUCCUAUACCUCGGGGAUGACGAUUGGGCCUGUGCUGACGUGGGGUAGAUGUUUGAUGAAUGCAAGGACGGCUUGGUUCUCGCGAAGCUUAUUAACGACUCGGUUCCCGAUACUAUCGAUGAACGUGUUUUGAAUCGUCCGAAUGCCCGUACCAAGAAGCUCAAUCAGUUUCAGAUGACGGAGAAUAAUAACAUUGUUAUUAACUCUGCCAAGGCCAUUGGGUGCUCGGUUGUCAACAUUGGGUCGGGUGAUAUUAUUGAGGUUAGGGAACAUUUGAUUCUGGGGUUGAUCUGGCAGGUCAUCCGAAGAGGUCUUUUGGGAAAGAUUGAUAUCAAGUUGCAUCCGGAGCUUUAUAGAUUGUUGGAGGACGACGAGACUCUGGAGCAGUUUUUGAGACUGCCCCCAGAGCAGAUUCUGCUGAGAUGGUUCAACUUUCACCUUAAAGCUGCGAACUGGCACAGACGGUAUGUUUGCCUCGCGGUGGCUGGGUUGGCCUAGCUGAUUGUUUUCAGGGUUGCAAAUUUUAGCAAGGAUGUCUCUGAUGCCGAGAAUUACACUGUUUUGCUCAACCAGCUCGCCCCGGACCAAUGCUCUCGUGCACCUCUGCAAACACGUGACCUCAUGCAACGCGCUGAGCAAGUGCUUGUUAAUGCCGACAAACUUGGAUGCCGAAAGUUUCUGACACCAAAAUCCUUGGUUGCUGGAAAUCCCAAGCUUAACUUGGCGUUUGUUGCCCACCUGUUCAAUACCCACCCUGGCCUUGAUCCAAUCACCGAGGAGGAGAAGUUGGAGGUUGAGGAUUUUGAUGCCGAGGGAGAGCGAGAAGCACGCGUCUUUACUCUUUGGCUCAAUUCCCUCGAUGUCCAACCGGCUGUUAAUUCUCUCUUUGAUGAUCUCCGUGAUGGAACUAUCCUUCUCCAGGCAUAUGAUAAAGUUAUCCCUGGUUCAGUAAACUGGCGCCAUGUUAACAAGGCACCCUCUCAUGGAGGGGAGCUCAUGCGCUUCAAGGCCGUAGAAAACACAAACUAUGCUGUCGAGCUCGGAAAGCAGAACCGGUUUUCUCUGGUCGGUAUCCAGGGCGCAGACAUCACCGAUGGCCAACGUACUCUUACGCUUGCCAUCACCUGGCAGUUGAUGCGCCGUGACAUUACGCGUACUUUGCAAUCCCUCGCGCAGAGAGUUGGCGUAUCAGAAAUCACAGAUUCUUACAUGCUCAAGUGGGCCAACGAUAUGGCUAAGAGCGGCGGGAAGGCGCAGGGGGUCAGAAGCUUCAAGGACCCCAGUUUGGGGAGUGGAGUAUUUCUUUUGGACGUACUUAACGGCAUGAGGAGUAACUACGUUGAUUACUCGCUCGUUACGGCCGGUAGAACUGAGGAAGAGGCCUAUCUGAACGCUAAACUGAGCAUCUCAAUUGCGAGGAAGAUGGGAGCUACUAUUUGGUUUGUUUCCCGCGAUGUCCCCCCUCUCCACUUGACGUUGGCGGCUAAUAAAUUGCACAUAGGUUGGUACCUGAGGACAUCGUCGCGGUCAGGUCUAGGUUGAUUGUCACAUUCUUGGGGAGUUUGAUGGCGACCUAUGAGACUUUGAAUUGAUUGAUGUAGAUCAAGAGAAAAAAAAAGCCAAAAGAUCGUUUUCCUUUUUUAUUUUCCAUCGUCUUUUUUUUUUAGCACUGUGUCGGCUUUUUUUUCUUGUGCAAGCGGCGGUUGUGUUUCUUAGCAUAGGUCACCUUUAGUUGGUUAGACGAAUUGCAGUAUCCUGAUUUAGUAUGGUACUUGCGAAUGAUGGUGUUAAUCAAAAUUUUCUGGUGUGUUGUGAGGUGCAUGGAUUGUCACUCGGUCUUGGCGACUAUUGAGUUUGGGUUGUUCUGCAAGUUUGAUACCUUAUUUAAAUACCGCGAGUUCAGAAGUGCGGCGCUGUGGGGUCAUUAAGCUAUUGCACGGG